AUUCGGAGACCCUUUUAUAAUUCAUUGUAAUAUUUUGUUCCACUUGAUCCGGAAAUGUUUUGUGUUGUAAGUUGUUCUCAUCCUUAUUCCUUUAGUUCUGUUAUCCGUAUCCGUGUCAUGUAGACAGUGCCUCGUUAACACGCUCAAAUUUCAUUAACCUAGUAGACUGAUAAACUUUGUCAUUAUAAGCUGAGGAAUCUUAAAUGUACGUCCUAGUUUCGCGUUGAAGCUUGAAAAGUAAACAGUUUAAUUAGUAUGCCACGUUCAGUAAUUUAAUGAGCGAGCCUUAAGUUUAAAACUUUGUGCCCUUGUGGCGUUUGUAUUCUGUAAGUAGCUAGUAGGUUUUCUUUCUCUGAUCUAACUUACUUCAAAAGUAUACCGGCAGUGCACUGUCAUCAGAUAUACAAAUUACUAGUUUAUGCCUUUCGAGUUUUUUCUUGCUUUGCAGCUUUAGUAUCAGUGCAUAUCGUCCAAAACUAAGAUCUCGUAAUUAUAUCAGCCUUUCUCGUUCCAGUUUCAAUAAUAAGAGCUGAUACGUACUAUACGUGUGAAUCUGUAGAUGUCAUGUUGUUUGUACUUUUGUAACUAUGAUCUUUCUGUCCUCACCCGCCUUCACUCUUCAGUCGUUCAAAAACUCAGUGAACCGCACACUUCUUUUUUAAACAUCUUGUUAACAGAUUAUGUGCCCUUACUGAGUACCACUACCAGCUUCAAUACCACUUGUUUUGGCGCUAUACUGCUGUUAUACUGUAGUUUUGGCGCUAUAAUGUUGCUAUACAACUAAAAUGUUGAUCCUGAUAUAACGAUAUCUCGUACCCCGAUAAGCUGGUAACCGAAAUAUCGUACAAUAUUUCAUGCAUUGAUAUUUUUAUUGCUGACAUCAAGACAGCAAAUACAAUCUGGAAUCUGGAUUUUCCAUGGUCGAAAGUUUUUGAUAAGGUUGCUGUAUUUCUAUGUUUAGACCUGUUAGUUAGAAUUGUGCAUCACGUACUUACAUCUUUACAUAAUACGUGGGGGCUCCUUGCAGCCAGUACAUUUGCACACUGCAGCCCUGCAGGAUCAGGAUUCUGAAGCUGGACUUAUAUUUAUAGCUGGCUAGCCUAUGCCAUCUUGCAAAGUUGCAACACCUCUAAUACCUCUAACAUGUCAACAAUCCUAUCAAGUAGCCCACCAUUCAAAUUCGUUAUUUUUACAUUAUUACCCAAAUCUAGCAAAUUUCCACCCUAUAUUUUAAGCAGAUCAGUGCAUGGUUGUGCUCCUUCUCUUCAGCCUGCUGCUGGCUGGGACCCUGUCCCAGGACGCAGUCAGUGCCCGCCCGACGAUCAAAAUCUCCCCAAGUGACAUUACAGUGCACGUAGGAGCUCUGAUACACUUACCUUGUGAAGCACAGGGCGAUCCUAAACCUACUAUCGAGUGGUUUAUUGGGAGAAGUCAGCUCAGGAAUCCACCAGUGAUUCCUGACGAUUUAACCAAAGAGGAAAUACGGAACUACGCCGGCGGCAACUUCCUGGUCACGAAGAAGGGCCAUCUUUACGCCCGAGAUGUUACAGCUGGUUACAGUGCUCAGUACGUCUGCGUGGCUACAAAUGAUGGAGGACGUUCCUGGGCCGCCUCUAGAGUUCUCGUCCUAGAUCCUCCCAAGAUAACGACCAGACCCCAAGAUACGAACUCCCUUGAUGCUGAUAUUAUCGGUAUCGCGUGCAGGGCUAAUGGCAACCCUCGCCCUAAAAUCACAUGGAGAGUCGAAACUUUCGAGAAUAUAACGAUCGUGGAGCCGGAGAACCAUCCUAGUGGAAGGUACGAAACAGAUGCGUACAAGACCCUGCGGAUCAGGUUCCCGAAUCCCAGUGACAGUGGAAAGUAUAUUUGUGUAGCUACCAACGCCGGGGGAGUCGCGGAGGCCAGCGCCAUCUUACAAGUCCUUAUUACCCCUCAGUUUAGGGAGCCACCCAAAGAUGCGUGGGUACCGUUUGGAGGCAGUGCCGUAUUCAGUUGUUCAGUGUUCGGUGGUCCCACUCCAGUUAUCGAAUGGUUCAAGGACAACCAGUAUCUGCCCUUCUCUCAAACCUAUGAGAUCCAGCAUGUAACCCGGCCAGGAGAGGUACAAGAGAGACUGGUGUUCAGGUCCGUACAGUUCGAGGAUACUGGUAUCUACGAGUGUAGAGCCAGUAAUCUGGCUGGAAGCAGUCGACAUGAGUUCGCUUUAGCAGUAACUGAUGCCACACCAUUCCCCGGAGACAGAUUCGUAUCGGAUGCUCUAGAUUACGCUCAGGAGUUCGUUCAGAGUGCUAUUCAGGAGACUCAAAUCAUCCUCAAAGCCCGUUUUAACGCACCUAACUUCCACCCCACUCCUCAAGACUUGUUCCACAUGGUCAGACAGCCUACUAGACAGGCACUUUACAUGGCAAUGUCAGCAGAGGUAUUUGAACAUGCAAUGAACUACAUACACGAGCAAAUUGAAGCCCUGAACGUUACAUCUAUGGAGAGGAACAAUAGACCUCUUGACUCCCUGCUCAGCCCUGAAGCUAUUGACCAUCUUGAAGAUCUGUCUGGCUGUCACCGUAGGAAACGACAGCCCAAAUGUCAGAUGAGGUGUCAGGCUAUGUCGUUCAGGUCCCACGACGGAACUUGUAACAACAUCAAGCACCCUACCUGGGGUUCCAGCCUUAACAAGAUCAACAGAUUCCUUCCCGCUAUCUACGAAAACAAGUACAAUACUCCCCGUGGUUGGGGUCGUACUCUUCCCUCUGCCAGGCUGAUCUCCCAGCGUUUGAUCCGGACUCACACCAUCAAGGCUCACUCUCAGUUCAGUGUCCUUAUGAUGCAUUUCGGUCAGUUCGUCGACCACGAUCUUGCUCAGACAGUGGCAGGACCUAGUGAGACAUCAUUUGCUCCAUUCCUUGGAUUAAUGUGUGAACAAACCUGUACCAACACCAUGCCUUGCUUCCCAAUAGAGGUCCACAGCAAUGACUCCAGGAUAGAUGCGGCGUGUAUGCCCUUCGUUAGAUCUGCCUCAAUAUGUGGUACCGGUGACACGAGUGUUUUCGGUAAGGAAACGAGAGUAAGAGAGCAGUUGAAUCAGGUGACGUCCUUCCUGGACGCUAGUACUGUGUACGGUAGUGCUGAUCAGGAGAUGGAGACUCUCCGGGACAGAUCUGCCAACAAAGGUCAGUUGAGAGUUGGAGAGGAGUCAAUUCCCGGCAAACACUUCCUACCUAUUGAAGACAACCUUAUUCCUGAGGAAAUGGAGAAUGACAGGAGGUGUAUUGGUAAAGCUGCCACUGUAUUCCUGGAUUGCUUCAUUGCAGGAGACUUCAGAGUAACAGAGCAGCCAGGCCUGACCACCCUUCACACCCUGUUCAUGAGACAGCACAACGAGAUAGCUUACAAUCUAGCUGAAGUGAACCCCCAGUGGAACGAUGAUCGUAUCUACGAAGAAACUAGGAAGAUUAUAGGAGGUGUCAUGCAGCAUAUUACAUACCAGGAGUACUUACCCAAGGUGCUAGGAGUUGAAGGAAUGGAGCAGAUUGGUGACUACACUGGUUACGACUCCGAUGUGGACGCCUCUCUUCUAAACGAGUUCUCUACCGCCGCUUUUAGAUUCGGACACACCCUCAUUCCACCUACUCUCUUUAGACGAGGAGAGAAUUACGACAAGUUUAAGUUGGGAGAUAUGCCCCUACACAACUCCUUCUUUACUCCCUACAGACUCUUAGACGAGGGUGGUGUGGAUCCAAUAAUCAGAGGAAUGAUCGUGCAGAAUCUGAAGUUACCUGACGGUAAACUGUCUGACUCUCUUACUGAACGACUCUUCAAUGUGGUGGCUCAGGUAGCCUUGGAUCUGGCAGCAAUCAACAUACAGAGAGGACGUGACCACGCUAUCCCAACUUACAAUGACAUGAGACAAGUUUGUGGAAUGAGACGAGCUCUGGACUUCCACGAUCUUCAGAGUGAGAUUAGGAACGCCACAACCAGACAGCUCCUAUCCGAGCUAUACUCUUCAGUUGACGAGAUUGAUCUCUGGGUUGGUGGACUUGAGGAGGAUAUUGUGGAGGGUGGUCUAGUUGGUCCUACAUUCAGAUGCAUCAUAGCUGAACAGUUCAAGAGAGUGAGAGACGGAGACAGGUUCUGGUUUGAAUCAGAUAAGCAAUUCACUCAGGAGCAGAUCAGACAGAUAAAGAAGAUCACCAUGGCCAAGGUCUUCUGUGAUAGUGGAGACAAAAUCGAGAAAGUCCCAGUGGAUGUAUUCAUGUACAACUCAGAUGCUCAAAAGUUCACCCAAUGUAAAGAACUCCCCAAAUUCGACUACUCCGCGUUCGUCGACUGUGGAGGGGCAGAUUAUCUUAGAUACCAAUCGUACCUGUACGAUGGUACACCAUGCUCCACUAAUCUUACCGGCACGAGUGAGGCCAUAUCUAACGGUCCCAGGACCACAACAGGCACCUUCGGUAGCACUCAUACCCCCAGCGGAACCACUGGGUCACCUCCAGAUGGGGGCACUCAUGGCACCACUGAUAAAGUCACUGCUGCUACUGAUGGAGGCACUGACACCACAGACGCCGCCACAGAAGGGGGCACUCUCACCGGAGGGAGAGGUGGUAUGGAAAAAACUGCCACCACUGUGGUAGUCUACCCGACCCCAGCCACUUCAUACGCUCGUGAGGAUCUACAGGAUGUGGUCACUAAAGAUCCUGUUGAAACUCCUGCGAACCCCAUCGAGGGAAGAGCUGACUCUGAGUUUGAUGAAGCAGUUGUCGCGUGA